AACCCUCUCAGCCUCUCCUCCAAUAGUUCAAUCUUUCCUGAACUAUAAUAUUUUGCUUGGAUAGGGUUUAUAAUACCCACAAGAUGAAGUUCCUUAAGCUACUCUUUCUACUUGCUAUGCUCAUUUCAUUCUUAGCCAUUACUCUUUCUGCUACACCAACGGAAGAUGUUUCAUUCCCUGACUUCGAUUUCGAAGACAAGGAAAACUCUGACCAUCAUCAGACUGAGAGCCAAGAAACAACCUCAUCUCUGAGAGGGACAAACCGCUUUCUAGCCCAGACUCGGGCUUUCAUGACAUGUGACAAGAACCCUAGGGUUUGUCAAGUUCAGGGAAGCCCUGGUCCAGAUUGCUGCAAGAAGAUGUGUGUGAAUCAAAUGACAGACUGGUUUAACUGUGGGAAGUGUGGUAAGAAAUGUAAGUACACAGAGAUUUGUUGCAAAGGGAAGUGUGUGAACCCAAUGUAUAACAGGAAUCAUUGCGGAGGUUGCAACAACAAGUGCAAGAAAGGGAGUGCAUGUCAGUAUGGGAUGUGUAGUUAUGCAUAGAAACGCAUGGCGCCAUGCAUUUCUAUGCAUAAAUGCAUGGCGCCAUCCAUGCAUGCAUGCGAGUUCAUAUCUAUUCGGUAUACAUGGGACCAUACAAUUAGUGAUUUGUUUUAUAUAUGUUUGUAGCAUAAUAUUUUGUGUGAGGAAUAAAGGCAAACCAUCGUCCAAUGAUAGGGUUUGCUGGGCUUUAUUUAAUCUUUCAAUCCAAUGCCAUAAUGUAAUGUAAUAAGGGAUAUACCUUUAAUUCUUAAUCAUUUGUUUUAUGUUAAUUGUUCUUAAUAAAGUUUAU